GAGCUGUCGACGGCGAUGGACCUCCUUCCCGGCCAAACAGAAAGUGACCGGGCUCUCCCGUGCGGUCCACGCUCUCGACGCGCUCCACGCAAAGGCGGGGCCCACCGGGCCAGAGCCUGGAAGCAACUGCGUUUUUUAUAUAAAGCCCCUCGCCUCGCUUCAAAUGGAAAUUCUCCAGCCACACCGAGCCCCAAACUCUCCUGUCCUGCCGCGCCCGAUCCCAGCGUCGCCGCCGACGAGCUCACCGGAGACGCACGCGACGCCAGCAUGACUACCUCCAGGCGCCUUGCUGACAGGAAGACUGCUAAGUUCCAGAAGAACAUCACCAAGAGGGGCUCGGUGCCUGAAACCACUGUCAAGAAGGGGAAUGACUAUCCUGUUGGACCUAUAGUGCUUGGAUUCUUCAUCUUUGUGGUCAUCGGAUCAUCUCUGUUCCAGAUAAUCAGGACAGCGAGCAGCGGUGGGUUGGCUUGAAGAUGGCCAUAUACUGGUGCAGUUGCAGCUAAAUUCGUUUGAUGCUGUCAUAGUGUGUUCUUAUGAGAAUCCUGUUUAAAUCCUAGUUUGAACUGAUGUCGUAAGAACUGUAAACAGAGUUAUCAAUAUUAUACAUGUUAAAUGGACAAAUUUGUUGUUGA